UGGUUUCAAAAUCGGAGAGCGAAAUGGAGAAAAAGGGAGAAAGCAAUGGGAAGGGACAGUCCAAACUUACCUUCAGGUGUAGAUCUUUUAAUGGGACCAAGAACGGAUCUGCCUUCCUUAUACCCGAGUUCCGGACCACACCUGCAUAGAGGUAUACCCAUGCCUCCAUCUGAUCAUCAUCUAUGGCCACUCUCCACUGGACUUCAAAGUCCACUCGGACUUUCUCAUAUGUUGAACUAUAAUAGCAACAAUUCCCCAACUUUAGGUCCACCCGGUUUAUUUGGACACCAUCAUCCACCUUCUUGGCCCAAAGCAGUCACUCCACUUAGCUCAGCUUUGUUAUCAGUAUACAUGCUCAGUUCGGCAGCUGCAGCUUCAGCCUCAACUUCCUCUCCGACUACAGCACCAUCUGUUACAAGUUUUGCGCACCAUCCGGCUUUGUCUUCAGGCAAAGCGUCCUUCCUUGGACAACCUCAUCUUCAACCAACUUUUCUGGGUAUGGACUCUGGACCAUUAGUGAAAGGACUGGAUGCUGGAAGAGCCAGCAUAGACAUACUUAGGUUAAAAGCCAAAGAGCAUGUUUUAGAGAGGCCGAGUCCUUCUCCGCAACCUCCUUCCAGACCUGAAUCGUCUUCGUGAGUUCUAAACAAAGGAAUAGACUUGUACUCACUCUAACUUACUAAUAUAUGUCAUGUGACAGUUGUACUGCAUACGAUUGUGUGUGUGUGAACUUUUCUAAGUGACAUUUAUCAGAUAUGCUCAUUUUUGUGCAGAAUGAGCAUCAGUCUGAGAUCUCCUAUUAGUGCUAGUAUUAAAAUGCAAACAUUAUUU